GCAAAUAUCAUGAUAUCGUCCUUCUCUGGAACUGCAACUGAACGUGGCCAUCUCAUCAUAUUGGAGCUAAAAGCGAAACCAACAUUUUUCGUCGAGUUUCCCACAACUGGAGAAAGUGGCGAGGACGAAUGGACAAUACCAUUAGAUGUAUCGGGUGAAGAGGAUGCCUUUGGAUACACUAUCACCACAUCCAUCCAAUCACAAGCUCUCCUGCGUGUAUCAGCCCAAUCGUGUUCAACCGAGUGCCCAUAUUCAGAUAGACCUCAGCACGUUGGGGUCACCUCAUCGUUGGACUAUCUGAAAGGGACAUUCAACGUAAUAGCAGGAAACAAUGAUUACUAUCAGGAUCAGCUAUGGAGACGUGAGGAGUGGAUGGACUCGGACAGAGAUUGUAAAGCACAGCCGUCAAGUAUCUGUACGGACACGUGUUCAUGCCCCGAUGGAGCAACAGGGAAGCCACACCCAACUAUAGAGGAUUUCUGCAUGUGUCCUUGUAACUGUGGAAGCGGGAACAUAAGCUUCAUGCAUCCAGACAUUCCUGGUGACGGAUGCAACUGUAAUGUGUGCCCCGAUGGAGAGUUCCAAACGGUCAAUAGUCAGGGACAUCUACACUGCCCAUGCCUGUGUCCUGACAACAGCACAUCGGGACUGUCCAGCAAUGGGAAAUGUGACUGUUCCUGCACCUGCGCUGAUGGUAGCAGGGAUGUAAUAAUGAGUGAUGGCACCUGUCCGUGUAGGUGCACAUGUAACAACUGCCACGAGUCGGUUCGCGGUCCUCAAGGCUGCAUCUGUUCUGACAGUUGUCCUGACUGUGAGAAUGACGAAGAACCCGAGUGGCAAGACUGCGUCUGUAAGUGUCCACAGAAGACAGAGUGCGGGAUCCCGCCUACAUGUGUGGUGGGGAGGAUGGGGCCAGACUGCAGACAGCCAGACUGCAGGCCAUGUCAAGGCUGCUCUGGGAACGGCCGAUGCACCACAUCAACAGACAGCUGUCAGUCAUCCUGCGUCUGUUGGCCUCAGUGGUUCGGCGACUGUUGUGAGUUACGCCGUCCUCGUCCCAUUGGAGGGGACCCUCAUCUCCAGACGCUGGACGGAAUACCGUAUGACUACCAUGGUAUUGGUGAGUUCUGGGACUGUAAGAGCGUGUCCAAUGACUUCGGCGUACAGACACGAAUGUACGCGUAUGAGAGGGCUUCUCUGAUUGGUGGAGUGGCAGUAAAGGCUGGGCACAGUGUCGUCACCCUAAUGACAUUACCGAUUGCAACAGAAAAGGAGGUUCCCAAUAUAAGGAUCGACGGUGAACUGCGUCAACUGUCUGUCGGAGAGAAAUAUCUUCUGAACAACGGGACGAUACACCUGCUCGCUCAGCAGCCAUCUGCAAACGCUACGGAGUCAGGGGCUGUUAUCAUCGUGUCUAUUACCUUCGCAUCAGGAGCUACGGUUUCAUUUGACGUCCGGUACUCACCGAAGAUGGGCCGGCAGUUUGUUAACGUUCUGUUCAGCCCCACUGCCACGUUCAAGGGCAACACGGAGGGGCUGUGUGGGCUCAUGGAUGAUGAUGAUGCCAAUGACUUCACCGGUCCGGACGGUGCAGUGUACAACGACUCUUCUGUAUUUGCAGAAACCUGGCGUAUAAGUAACACCCACCACGGCUCUGGUCUGAUGGGGUCCUGGUCCUGGAACUCUUCGAACUUCCAUCCUGAUGAUAUCAUGGAUCCUGCCUACUCUGACCCGGCACACCGCCCUUCUGUGGGAAUAGAUGGGCUGACACAGGAGGAAAAGGAAGUAAGUUCCCAUUUUGACGCUUAG